GCAGUGACGCACCCCGCUUGGAGCUCGCAGGAAAAGCGCGCGGGCGCGGGGUUUCAAGCUUCCAGAGGAGGUGAAUCUGGGCGGUCAUGAGCCUCUGGGUGGACAAGUACCGGCCCACCUCCUUGGGGCGGCUGGAUUAUCACAAGGAGCAGGCGGCCCAGCUGCGGAACCUGGUACAAUGUGGGGACUUCCCUCAUCUCUUAGUGUAUGGACCAUCAGGUGCUGGGAAAAAGACGAGAAUUAUGUGUCUCCUGAGGGAACUCUAUGGAGCUGGAGUGGAAAAGCUAAGGAUUGAACAUCAGACCAUCACAACCCCAUCUAAAAAGAAAAUUGAAAUCAGCACAAUUGCAAGUAAUUACCAUCUUGAAGUCAACCCUAGUGAUGCUGGAAAUAGUGAUCGGGUAGUAAUUCAGGAACUCUUGAAAACAGUGGCACAGUCACAGCAACUUGAGACAAGCACCCAAAGAGAAUUUAAAGUGGUUUUACUGACUGAAGUUGACAAACUUACCAAAGAUGCUCAGCAUGCUUUACGUAGAACUAUGGAAAAAUAUAUGUCUACUUGCAGAUUAAUACUGUGUUGUAAUUCUACAUCAAAAGUAAUACCACCUAUCCGGAGUAGGUGCCUUGCAGUUCGUGUUCCUGCUCCCAGCAUUGAAGAUAUUUGCCAUGUAUUGUCCACUGUGUGCAAGAAAGAAGGUCUCAAUCUUCCUUCAGAGCUGGCUCAUAGGCUUGCGGAGAAAUCCUGUAGAAAUCUCAGAAAAGCCCUGCUUAUGUGUGAAGCCUGCAGGGUGCAACAGUAUCCUUUUACUUCAGAUCAAGAUAUCCCUGAGACAGAUUGGGAAGUAUAUCUGAGAGAGACUGCAAAUGCUAUUGUCAGUCAGCAGACUCCUCAAAGGCUGCUUGAAAUUCGUGGACGACUUUAUGAGCUGUUAACUCAUUGUAUUCCUCCUGAAAUAAUAAUGAAGGGCCUUCUCUCAGAACUUUUAAAUAAUUGUGAUGGACAACUGAAAGGUGAGGUUGCACAGAUGGCAGCUUACUAUGAACAUCGUCUUCAACUUGGUAGCAAAGCCAUUUACCACCUUGAAGCAUUUGUGGCAAAGUUCAUGGCUAUUUACAAGAAGUUUAUGGAAGAAGGAUUAGAAGCCAUGAUGUUCUAAAGUCUUUCAAUUAGUAGCCCUUCCCAGCAUGUCCUAAUAUUGAUAUUUUUCAUAUACAAUUUAUGUUGUUAGCACUGUGGGUCAAAUAAAUUCAUAUUAAUCAUCUUGUUUUCAA